UGCGCCGAGAGCGGAGUUUCUGCUGGCAGCUGCUGCUGUUGGUGUAGUGAACAGCCGAUGGUGAUGUGGAUGAAAUAACGGUGUCCAGCUCAUCAGCUUUGGAUAGGAAAUGGCAAGAUAAAAACAGCUGUUUUUCGUAGACAUUGUAAUUGUGUUGCAUUUUAAAAGAUUUACAUAUACAUACAUAUAUUUACUUGCUUUGUUUUGACUUAACGAGAAGAGACAGCAAGCUAACGCCAGGCUAGGAAGGCUGGCUAACGAAAGCUAACAGCGCUCGGCGUAGUUAACGCUCAGCUGCAGACACUCGCCUGUCUUUAAAAAAAAAAGGGCUAGUUUCCGGCGUUCAAACAACGAUGCAGUGAUAAGAUAACCUAGCUGGCUGGCUGUCGUGUGAACGUUAGCCCUCGGCCAAUUAACUUUUUGUACUCCAGAAGCUUUGCAGUCGACUUGAGAUGAUGAGCUAAAUUGAUGCUUUGAUUCAAACCAGCGCAGAUCAGACCACUGCAGAAGAGAUGAGUCAACUUUGGCAGCGAGACAUGGCCCUGUCAGAGAAGUUGGGGAAUGAUUCCCCUGUUGGCUUUGCCCCAAGGGCCCCAGCCACUGUGGCCCCACAAGGAUCCAACUCCACAUGGAUACCAGAAACCCCAUUGGUCACACCAGAAGAGCCAUUUUUCCUCAUGACUUCCACUGCCCAGACUGUAUCAGGAUUUUUUGUCUGGACAGCUCUUCUGAUCACAUGUCACCAGAUCUACAUGCAUCUGCGUUACUACAGUUCUCCAAAUGAACAGAGGCACAUAGUUAGGAUUCUUUUCAUAGUCCCCAUCUAUGCCUUCGACUCCUGGCUCAGUCUUCUUUUCUUCACCAACGAGGAGUAUUACGUGUACUUUGACACAGUUCGAGACUGCUAUGAAGCCUUUGUCAUCUAUAACUUCCUGAGUCUGUGUUAUGAGUAUCUGGGAGGAGAGAGUGCCAUCAUGGCCGAAAUCAGAGGAAAACCCAUUGAGUCAAGCUGUAUGUAUGGGACCUGCUGUCUAUGGGGGAAGACGUAUUCCAUUGGCUUCCUCAGGUUUUGCAAACAGGCAACUCUCCAAUUCUGUGUGGUGAAACCCUUGAUGGCAGUGAUCACUGUCAUUCUUCAGGCCUUUGGAAAAUACAGAGAUGGAGACUUUAAUGUGGCUAGUGGCUACCUGUAUGUGACCAUUAUCUACAACAUUUCCGUCAGCUUGUCCCUCUACGCUCUCUUCCUCUUCUACUUUGCGACACGUGAACUGCUUGUCCCGUACAACCCCAUGCUCAAAUUCUUCAUGGUCAAGUCAGUCAUCUUUCUCUCCUUCUGGCAAGGGAUGCUGCUGGCCAUUCUGGAGAAGUGCGGAGCCAUUCCUCAGAUCAGCUCAGCUGACUUCUCUGUGGGCGAGGGAACAGUUGCCGCUGGUUACCAAAACUUCAUCAUCUGUAUUGAGAUGUUCUUUGCUGCUGUUGCUUUGCGCCAUGCCUUUACUUACAAGGUCUACAUGGACAAAAGACUGGACUCAUAUGGCUCAUUUCCUAUCUAUGGACAGUACGGUCGCUGUGCCCCAAUGAAGAGCAUCUCCAGCAGCCUGAAGGAGACCAUGAAUCCGGGGGACAUGGUCCAGGACGCCAUCCACAACUUCUCCCCGGCUUAUCAGCAGUACACCCAGCAGUCCACACUGGAGCGAAGUGGGGGGCCACCCCUCUCCCGCAGCCACAGUAACCUCAGCACUCGGGGGGACAAUGAAAAGACCCUGCUGCUCAGCUCCGACGAUGAGUUUUGAGAAUGACACCCGCAUUCAGAGGCUUACUUUACUCAUGUAGCCCAUAUUGAACUUUUAUCUGAGACAAAUCUGAUCUUUUGUUGCCACCUUUACAUGAAAGAUCAGAUUUUUGUUUUCUUGUCUUUCAUAUUUAGACAACAAUGAUAAGGCCUGAUUCAUUUCAGACUUACAAAACUAUAAUUAACAGACUGUGGGAGGAAAGUGAGUGAUUUUACAAGGACAAAGAGGAAAUAAUUGGUACAGAGGGCAAAGAGAGCAUGAAGAGAAUGGAGAAGUUGUAACAAUUAUAGUUGUGGGGAGGCAAAAGAGAGAUGUUUAGAAAUUAGGUUUAUUAACAGGUCGACUCAUCAUAAUAUUGCUGUCAUUGAGGCCAUUUCUGACAGAAAUACCAUAACUAUAUUCAUCCAGUGAUUACAGAUUGGUAUAAAUGACCGUGCCUGCGUAUAGCAACCUUAUGCUGCACUUUAAACACCACAGCAAAAAAAAGGUAAGACACAUAUUAGGUGUAUGCUAGAGCAAAUAAGUGCCAUCUUCAUCUUUGAGUUUUUAUACUGCUUUUUAAUCCAUCCUCCUCCUCACUCCUCUGCCAACUCUGCCUCGUACCGAAACAUUGCCAAAUAGAGGGAGCAGUGCACAUUGCUCCACUUAUUGAGACAUGCUGUCUUGAGAUUUAGAAUUGAUUUAUAGUCAUGCAAAACUUAGGAGCCUUUGAAUUACCAGGCUUCAUUUUAAUAUAUAAGAUUUUAAUCACAAAUAUUUUUUUUAUUUAAAUGUUGUAUGACCUUGGAGGUAUAACUUCUUUAAAGACUAGUUUGUUGGAAAAUUGUUAUUCCAGAAAUGUUCUUAAUAUUAUGUGUUUGUUUUCAUUUUGUUGUGGGUUCAUAUGAAAAAGUGACUCAAGAGAUUAACUGUGUAACUCCAGCUGUUGGCCUGACUUGGGCUCCUCGCACAACGUUGUUGUCUGUGGAGUGCUCGGGGAACAGCUGUGGGAGAGAUUUUAGUGUGGGCAGAGACUGAUGGAAGGACAACACCCACACAGAUUACAGAUUACUGAAGAAGCAACACUUCCCUGCAGAGGCAGCCCAGCUGUGACAUGCUGUGGAUUGUAAUCCCAUAAUUAAGGGCUUUACACUUAGCACAGAACAGGCCUGCCUCUGCUGGUAUUGUUUAUAAUGGCCUCACUGGUACAGCAGUAUGAGGGACGUUGGUCAUUACAGAAAGAUAGGACAACAUGUCAGUGCACUUUAUAUCUGAUGGGACUCAGAUUUAGAAAAGAGAUACAUGGGCAUUAGAAGUUAAUACACAAGAUGAGAGUACAUUCAGGUACAUGUCGUGCCAGAAGACUGUGAUGCAUGGUAGAAAACAACUUUGAGUAAAUAAAAUCGUUCAGGUCUAUCUGCCAUCUCUUAGUUCCUAUUAUCUUUUUCUCCAAAAGAUGGGAUGAGCUGUGUGUGAGUUAAUUCUUAAUAUGAACAUAAACCAAUAUUUAAUAUGCGUUUUAGCAGAGGCCAGUAUAGAAGAUGCUUGUUGUCGUGAUCAUAAAUGUUUGAUGGCAGAGCACAGCAGUAUCAAAGCUGAAUAGAUCCUUCUCGAAGGAGACAUUAUGUCGAACGCUGCCGCUGACUGUGCAAGCAUCGUUUUCCUCUUGCUCUAUUGUGUGUUGAGCCAAAACUGAUUUUACACAUUGACUAAAGCCUAUUAACUGCAGGUCAAAAAUGGUACAGUCCUCGUGGGUAUUGAAUGUAGUCAGGAUGGAGAAACCAGCCAGACUGGUGUGCAACCUCAAAACAGCACAAUCAACUUCCUUAUGGGAAAAUCUUACUGAGUUAGCAGAAUAAUCAGUGUCUGUUGAAAUGUUAAAAAAAUGGCUUUCAGCUGUGACUGCUAACCCAUAUUUCUACACACACUUCAGUUUUGUAUCCGGCCUUCCACUGAACCCUUUGUGCUUCAGCUAAAGGCAUUGUCGUAUUGAUCCAACAUUGACUUAGUGGUAUUGAAAAGUGACAUUUGCUGCCUUAUUUUCUGCCCCUGGCUGACAGCGUAUCAGACCCAAGCAUCUUGAUUCAAAAGACUAUCAUAUCAUUUGUUCUGUUACCGUGUGAUUUUAAAAGUUGGGUGUUAAUCACAAAGCUGAAUAUAUUAACAAGGAAAUAUUAUACCAGAAAGGAACGAAUGUUGUAAAUAGAGUUAAACCAGGCACUGUGAAACAUUCACGAUGAUGGCUGAAAUGGCAUUGCUUGGUAUAGUGCUGUACUUUAAUAUUACAUUUUUCAUAUAUUCUCUGAUUUUAUUUCUGUUGUUUACUUCUUAAUUUGUAUAUUGGUGAUUUGAUCUCAUGUUUUAUGCUGUAUUGGGGUCCGUUGGUGUUGAAAAGGAAAUAAAAGAUGAAUGCAGGCAACACA